AAAAUUUAUUAAACGCUAUCUUUCCAGUGAGAAUGAUAAUGAUUAUCCUUUCAACUCUGGUCUUCUAACUGUUUAGUUUAGUCCGCUAUUGAACGCAAAUCCACUCUGGUGUGAUGUCGAUCGUUAUAUAUGUGCCAUGUGCCGUAUUUUAUAAGUGAUACCAUGUCACAGUUUUCAUUUAUGAAAAAUAAUAUUUACUAUUUGUGAAGAACAGCCCGGUUUUAAGCCAUUAUAUCCUGUGAUACAUUACGAAGUUUAUUCUAAAAUCAGGCUUUCUCUAAUACGUAUACGUGUAAUUUACAUUAUGUCAAGAUGGCGUCCUCCAAAGAUAGCAUUUUUGAGAGAGUCCUGCAGACUUUGGCAGUUGCGGCCAUGGUGACAACGCAAGUGAUUUUUUUCUUGUUUAUACCUGCGUUAAGCUACUAUAUGAUAUUUUCGACCAAAUACUGGUGGAUUUGCGUGCUGUACAUCACUUGGUAUUUAAUAUUUGAUAAGGACGCAUCCGUAACAGGAAGUCGAAGAUCAGAAUGGGUUAGAUCUUGGUCCUGGUGGGCCUAUGCCAGAGACUAUUAUCCCCUGAAGGUUGUGAAGCUGCCUUGGGGUGAAUUAGAUCCUAAACGCAACUAUUUGUUCUGUGUUUACCCUCAUGGCCUACUGGCUGCCAGUACCUACUUAUCGGUAGCUACGAAUGUAACAGAAUUCACGAAACUUUUCCCACACCAUAAGUCUUAUAUGCACACCAUUUCCGCCUUUUACAAAUUACCUGUGGUGAGGGAGUUAGGACUUAGGGUAGGAGGAUUGGAUGCAUCUAAAAAAGCUCUGGAGUAUAAUCUGAGCAAGAAAGAUGGAGGCAACAUAUCAACACUAGUUGUCGGAGGCGCUCAAGAGGCCUACUAUUGCAAUCCUGGUAUCCACAAAAUUGUUUUGAAGAAAAGGAAGGGAUUCAUCAAGAUAGCCUUAACCCAAGGCUCACCUCUCGUUCCUGUAUAUACUUUUGGUGAAAACGAAAUAUUCUCUCAAUUGGAAUUCGACGAAAACUCGAUAUUCCAGAAGUUCCGGGAGUUAGUGAGGAAGAAAUUAGGGUUUUGUCUGAUUUAUCCACUUGGACGUAAGGAUCUACUUGGCCUGGUUCCGAAGAGGAAACCAAUGACGUUUGUUGUGGGCGAGCCAAUAGAUGUUGAGAAGACUGAGAAUCCAACGCAAGAACAGAUCGACAACUUACAUCAACUUUUCGAGAAGAAACUAGUUGAACUCUUCGAGAGUCAGAAGAAGCACUAUUUGAAAGAAUAUGAGAAUGCUCAUUUGGAAAUAAUAUAGAUUCACUGUUAACUAUUCUUAUGAAUGUCAUUGUUAUCAUAUUCAGGCUAUUUUUUAUCAAGAUACUCAUGUUUGCAUAUGUUCGAAUAAUAAAAUCCGUUUUAUUCUUAGUUUAUAUACCUAUAAAUAUGUUGGUGACUGACGUCGUUUUUUAAUUAUAAACUCUUCUAGGCUUGUUA